AAAUUCGGAAUCUUUCAUACGUUGUACCGAUUAUUGUUUCCCAGAGCGUAUAUUUACGAAAACAAAAAAAAAAAUGAGUGGAUAAAAGCUUGUUGUAAAAAAACUGAAACGACUAGAAGAUUACGCAUUAAAAACAAUGGCAUGCAUUUUACACGAUUAUGUCAAGGUGAAUUUUUACGUGAAGAUUCUCGAAGCGAGUUUAAAAAAACAGUAGUUCGUAAAACCGAAAUUACAAAAAUAUUACAUGAUUUUGAAAAAUCAAAUAUGCUUAACUUAUGUCCAGAAAAAGUAUUAAGUAAUGUUAGGAACAUAAUCAUAAAAAAUGAAAAAAUUCUAGUGCCCGCAGAUAUACUGUCUAUUUCAAACAUCAUACAAGACACCCUGAAAAUCAUUUUAUCAAAGGAAACUCUUCGAAAUACGAGUGAAGGUUAUGUUAAAUGGAGAAAUAUUUUUGCUGACAUUUUAAAUAUUUACAAUUCAAUAAACGUUGUUGAUUCUAACGUUAUAAGGAUGUCAGCUAAGCUAAACUCAACGAACAAGUUAUUGGAAUCAUUUGAGAGAUCUAUUGACUUUAUAUCAACUAUGCUGUUCCUUAAUGAAACCAAUAUUGGUGAAGAAGAUAUUGGUUUAGAUUUAGAAAGUGAAAUUAUAGACUAUGAUGAUAUUGGAGUAUCCGUACAUAUUUCGAAAUUUUUUUUAUAUUUCCUAAUCAAUCCUACAAUUGCAAAUGUUUCUGGAAUAGCAUUGUUUAAAAACAACAAGUCUGUAGAAGUACAUCAAAAAUUAAAGGGUUCUUUUAGAAAUGAGCAUUAUCGGUUUCUCCAAACAGAUCAUGACAUUAAUGAUGUUGUCAAAGAACCUGGUAUACAAAUUGGUGUAUACUUAUCGAAAGAACUUUUAGGAAGGUUAAAAGCAUUCCCUUGUUUUCUUUCAUCGUCAACCAAUAAAAGUGAUCCUAUUAUUGUUAUUAAGGUAUACUCAAAUGACAAGCUGUUUCAACCGUCUACAGAAUCUAAAAAGCUUUUAAGUCAUAUAGUAUCAAUAUCAUUACCUGGGUACAAUACUAUUCUCCCUGAACCUUUACCACUAAUCUUACGUAUAAGGAGUAAAAACGAGGUAAAUAUGUCUGGUUCUUGUCAAUACUGGAACUAUGAAUACUGGGAUACCGAUGGUAUAUUGACGCAAAGCCAUUUAGAAACUAAAGAAAGCAUUGUGCUGUGUCUUUUAAAGCAUUUAACACCAACAGCCUAUUUUAUAGAGAAUAUUAUUUCAACUGAAAGGUCUACAGAAAUCACUGAGGAACAAUUUUAUGAAGAUAUUAUGGUCAUAACAAUAAUAAUUUGCUUCCUACUGGCGCUUAUAGGACUGAAGUGCUGUAUUGCAAUGGCUCGACAUCUAACCGGAGUUCAUUGACGUAGCCGUACAAAUAUUUUGUUUGCUUUGCUUAUAUUAAAUGUAAAGAUGUUUAUAUUUUUUAUUAUUUAUGCUAAAUUUCUGUAAACUGAUAAUAACUAUUAAAAUAUCCGUGUAAUUAUAAAUCAUAUA